ACCAGGGGUCUGGGAAGGAGAAAAUGAAGCUCAAGGGCCUCCUACUCCGGUAUUACCCGCCAGGAAUUAUGUUGGAAUAUGAAAAGAGUGGAGAAUUGAGGACCAAAUCCAUAGAUUUGCUCAACCUCAGUUCCAGCACUGAUGUCAAUGCCUUAGUAGAAGAAAUACAAAAAGCAGAGCCUCUAAUCACAGCUUCACGAUCAGAUCAAGUAAAGCUUUUAAUACAGAGGUUACAAGAUAAACUCAGACAGCACAGCAAUCACAAAUUUUAUCUUUUUAAGGUUCUCAGAGCACAUAUACUGCCAUUGACUAAUGUUGCACUUAAUAAAUCAGGCUCAUGCUUUAUCACAGGAAGCUAUGAUCGGACAUGUAAAGUCUGGGACACUGCAUCUGGAGAGGAACUUCACACCCUGGAGGGCCACAGGAAUGUGGUCUAUGCCAUAGCAUUCAACAAUCCAUACGGUGACAAAAUUGCCACUGGGUCCUUUGAUAAGACUUGUAAGCUAUGGAGUGUAGAAACAGGAAAAUGUUACCAUACCUUUAGGGGUCACACGGCAGAAAUAGUGUGUUUAUCCUUCAACCCUCAAAGCACACUCGUGGCCACUGGGAGCAUGGACACAACAGCCAAACUGUGGGACAUCGAGAAUGGAGAGGAGGUGUUCACUUUAACAGGACAUUCCGCUGAAAUCAUCUCUUUGUCCUUUAAUACCUCAGGAAAGAGAAUCAUCACGGGAUCUUUUGAUCAUACUGUUGCAGUGUGGGAAGUUGAUACUGGAAGGAAGGUGUAUACCUUAAUCGGGCAUUGUGCUGAGAUUAGCAGUGCUUUAUUCAACUGGGAUUGCUCUCUGAUAUUAACUGGCUCUAUGGACAAAACCUGCAUGCUGUGGGAUGCCACAAAUGGAAAAUGUGUGGCAACACUAACAGGCCAUGAUGAUGAAAUUCUAGACAGCUGUUUCGAUUACACUGGAAAACUUAUUGCAACUGCUUCAGCCGAUGGAACAGCAAGAGUUUUCAGUGCAGCCACAAGAAAAUGCAUGACCAAAUUGGAAGGCCAUGAAGGAGAAAUUUCAAAGAUUUCUUUCAACCCCCAAGGAAAUCAUAUUCUGACUGGCAGUGCUGACAAAACAGCGAGAAUCUGGGACGCUCAGACUGGUCAGUGCCUCCAGAUCCUUGAGGGGCACACAGAUGAGAUCUUUUCAUGUGCUUUCAACUACAAAGGCAACAUAAUCAUUACAGGUAGCAAGGAUAACACAUGUAGGCUAUGGCGCUGACUGAAGAGAAAAGGCAGUUGAUGAGCAGAUUUGCUAGCAAUGGAGUUCAAGACCUGGAGCUUCACAUCGUGCAAGCAAGCUGUGUUUGAUAUUUCACAUUUUCUCUCUUUCCAAAAGUCAGCUUCAUGGAUAUGACUAUUAAAACUGAUAAAUUUAUACCGUUUCUUGAUAUUAUUUGAUGGGAAUGACAAGAAAGAGCAUAAUGUCUGGCAAAUGUCACUGGUCAUUUCAAUUUUGUUUUUAUUUUUAGUAGCAUCAUGAUAGUGAAUAAGGAAACCAAAGUGAUUUAACAGUGUGUCUCCUAGAUUCUACUCUGAAGGCCGUUAUAAUUUCUGUUGACUAAAGUUUUGGGAAGCAGUUUUUAGUGAAUCGUACAUCUGUAUUUAUGGGGUAUGUUUCCCUUUUCUUGUGACGAGAACUUUA